AGCGGCGGCGGCUGAGGUCUAAGAACGCGGUUGCUUUGAGGGGCAGGACCCCUACAGAGUGCGAACGUGGGGAGGCAAGAGGGUGGGAAAGCCGGCGGGAAGGGAGGGCGGCGCCGGAGAGGGCAGCGCGUGGCUGACUCAUCCCUCUGGAAGAUCUGACUGACAGACAUCCACUCGCCGAACCUGCCCGCCCGCGCCGCUCCUUCUCAGCCGGGAGGCGCCCGCCCGCACCACCCGCCCGCCCUCUCCGGGAGCUCUCCGGCCCGGCCGCCUCAGAGAAAGUUUUUCUCGUCGGAGGGGCCCGAACCGUCGCGGGCCUUUUGGAAGGGAAGGGGAGACGUAAGAGGAGGCGACAGCCACGCGGGCCCGCAGAGUGCAUGGUGCCCGGCGCCUCGGCUGCCGGUCAAGAGGACCUCGGGGCGGGGUCAGGCUGAGCCCAGCUCCUUCCUCUCCGCUCCGGCUCGCCAGACAUCGCCCUCCCGGACUGCCGCGGGGGUCCUCGCUCCUCAGCCCGCCAUGUCCCGGCUGCUGCCGCUCCUGAGGAGCCGGACCGCACGCAGCCUGAGGCCGGGCCCGGCCGCCGCGCCCCGCCCGCCGUCCUGGUGCUGCUGCGGGCGGGGGCUGCUGGCGCUCGCGGCCCCCGGCGGCUCCCGGCAGCUGGGCACCCACCCCAAGAAGGAGCCCAUGGAGGCGCUGAACACGGCGCAGGGCGCGCGCGACUUCAUCUACAGCCUGCACUCCACCGAGAGGAGCUGCCUGCUCAGGGAGCUGCACCGCUUCGAGUCCAUUGCCAUCGCCCAAGCAUGCAGAUAUCCCAAACCUGAGAUUGCCAUUGUGAAGCGUGCGAAGGAGGUAUCAUCAGCAGAGACCCCUGAUAGUUUUGAAAAAUUGGAAGCUCCACCACCCACCCCAGGACAGCUGAGAUAUGUAUUCAUCCACAAUGCGAUACCUUUCAUAGGGUUUGGCUUUUUGGAUAAUGCAAUUAUGAUUGUUGCAGGAACCCAUAUUGAGUUGUCUAUUGGAAUUAUUUUGGGAAUUUCAACUAUGGCAGCUGCUGCUUUGGGAAAUCUUGUGUCAGAUUUAGCUGGACUUGGACUUGCAGGCUACGUUGAAGCUUUGGCUUCCAGGUUAGGCCUGUCAAUUCCUGAUCUAACACCAAAGCAAGUGGACAUGUGGCAAACACGUGUUAGUGCACAUUUGGGCAAAGCUGUUGGGGUGACUAUUGGCUGCAUUCUAGGAAUGUUUCCUUUGAUUUUCUUUGGAGGAGGUGAAGAAGAUGAAAAACUGGAAAAGAAAAAUUAAUUCUCUUAGAAUACCCAUAAAAAGAUGUAAACUAAUGUACCUCACUUGUUAAAUAUGCUGUCACAACAUUUAGGAAUUAAGACAGUAACAUUGUGUAGAUAUGGGAUCAAAUAGUUCAGCAUGUAUUUUGGAAAACACUAACUUAUUGUGGCUUGGUGUUCUUAGGACGUCUUUUUUAAAAACUGUUCAGUAUCAUUUUGUGUAAAUUGUUGAAAUGCUUUUUCAUCAAUGGCAGUCAACAUUUUAUCUUUUCCUUCUCUUUCCAUAUGUCAAAAUAUUAUUUAAGUAUCAGUCAUUGAUGUACUGUACUGACUUGGGGUUUGCUUAUUUGUUACUUAACAUGUGUACAUGCAUGAGAGCAUUUUUUUGUUGAUGUUGUUCCCUGAUAGUAACAAUUUAAUCUUAGGAUUUUCCCAAAUUACUUAAGAUGUUUAAUAUCAGUUGAAGAUUUUUUUAUUCUCUUUUUGGCAACAUCAAUUUUGUACUGUUUCACAGUAAACAUUUAUAAUCAUAUAAUUUCAGUCAUUUUCUUAACUCACAUCUAUGCAGAUGCAGAUUUUAAGUAUAUAUUAUUUUAAUUUUCUGACUAUACUGUCUUCACAGGAUGAGCAAUUAUGUGGUCUCCCUAGUACAUAAAACCACAUAUGCUAACAAGAGUUCUUAUCUCUAGUUGAUUUUUUUACCUUUAAUUUCCCGAUUUUGAAUAAUUGCAUCAUAGAUUCUGACUUCUGAGGAGAAGAAAAUGAUUAUUUUACUGUCUUUUAAAUGGGGAUUGCAGAAUUAGGGUGAACUAAAGGAUUUGACUUGACUCUUGGAAAUUAAGAGGCUAAAAAUUCUUUUUUUAGAAAUGUGAACUGUCAAGAAGGUUUAUGGUGUAAGUGGUGAAGUAGAAGUGAUAUUUGAAAGGUUAAUGAGAAACAAAUUAUAUUGUUUUGUAAGGAUUUAUUUUCCCCCAAAGUAUCAUCAUCUUAUCUGAAUGGAAUGAGUCUGACUAUUUCAUACUCAUAAUCCUAAUCUUCGUUUUAUCUUGUUUAGUGAAUUUUAUUUUUUGAUAAUUUAUUUUGGGGUGAAAACUAAAUGUUUUAUAUUUUGCUUUUUUGCUAUGUAGUUUAGCCAAAAGUUACAUGAGGAAAAAUCCUUUUUCCCGUUUUUAGUCUUUUUUUCUUUUAUAAUGUUUCAAGCAUGUUCUAAAUUAAAGUUACUUAUUUGUCUUCUAUAUCUGACUUAAGUAUUAUCACGUCUGAAUCAUAAAUUUUAAUUUUCUGAACUCUCGAAAUUUUUAAGCAUGUGUUCUGUUACACAUGCUAAAAAAUAAUUACUUGUAACAGAGUAAUUAGACACAUCAUGGAGGAGAGGAACUGAAAUUAUUGAUGUUGCUAAAUUGAUACAAAAGAAGACAAACUUGUAGGAUGGCUGUAUUUAUGACAAUCUUAUUUUGACGUUUUAUUUGCACAUAACUACUUUGAGCUCUUAUUUUUAGAGAAGUUAUUUUUUUUCCACAAGGCAGUUUGUCAUAAAUUCCUAUGCACUUCAGAAUGAUUUAAUGCUAUCUUUUAACUGUAGACUUUGAGAGAAAAAAGAAAAUACACCAUAUAAUACAAAAAUCAAUACAUAACAUUCUUAUUAUGCAUAAAUAAUAUGAGCAUUCUCACUUGGUCAAUUCAGAAUUAUUGAACUUGAGAUCUUAAACAUAAUUAUGGUUUGUAUCUUCCACAUAAUAAAUACCGCACACAGACACCAAAAAGAAUUUUUUAAAAUUUCAGACUUAUUGAGUUUAUUUCAGGAUUAGAGUGGUUUAAAUUUUUUUCCCCCUUUGGUAAAUGUGUAAGUGCUUUUGUCCUUAACUUGUACAUUGAUUGCAGUCUUUUCUGUUUUCUAAAAAAAAGUAUUUUUAUUGUGGUGCUUAACUUUUCUUCUUAUUAAUUAAAUCCCAUAUCCAGAAAUCUUGUCUGUGAGUUUAGAAAGGGCUUUUGAUUAUUGGUUUCCUCUUUUUGCUCUUGAAAAUAAUUCAGUUAUACAGAAUCUGUCAGUUUAAUUGAACAUCUGCAGAAUUACACAAGGUGUCAAAACAUGGAAUAUGUAACCUUCACAAUGAAAGAUAUUUUAAUUUAUGGGCACAAUAAAAACUUGAAUCAUUCAGGUAAUUAAUUUUUUUAAAAAUGGAGCCCUGUUGUCCUUAACUGAAAGUAUACAUUUUUUCCAAGAUCUCGUUCUACCCUAGUAUGGUGCUUUGCACAAAGUGAUUUCUGAAGAAUGAUGUCGACUUCACAUGAUCAUUGUUCCAUGUUACUUGCUACAAAGAACCUUAUAUCAGACUGAAACUGGAACUCUUUGUUUCUCAUAUUAGCACAAUAACUGCAGUUAAAUGCAACAUAAGCUACUUUAGUAUUGUUCGAAUUGUCCAUGUAUUAUGAUUUAUUGACUUGUCAAUGCAUGUAAAUUGAGUACAUUUUGUUGCCACUGUGUGUUAAAUGGUGACCAAUGUUUUUACAAAGGAAUUGAACAAAUAUCUUUUAAGAAUUUUGGAA